AAUUCCACGCCAACAGCUAACCAGCAACAGUUUCGCUCCUCGCCACAAUCCAAGAAAUUUGCCUUUGCUUUCUGAGGAUUUAUAAAAACAAAAAUUAUAAAAAGAGCAUUCUUUACCCUGUGGCAGAUGAUUACUUAUAACAGUGUGUGCUAUGCCUGCAGUUUGCCAGACAUCAGCAGCAGGUUGAGAACAAACACGCAGAGAAGAGAAGAGAGAGAAGGAGAGAAAGAGAAGGACAACACACAAUACGACUAACAGAACUUUAUGCAAACCUCCUUCUAACUACAAGUCAGUGGAGUGAUGCUGCCAGGUGCCAGGUCAUUGCUGUUGUGUGUUUUGUGCCAUGGGGUGGCCGUGUGGGCUUUUGCACGCAUGCCCGAUGCGGUGGAGUUGCGUUCUGCAUUUUCCGUUGCUCGUACUACUAGUAUGGAGGGUGGGCCCAAGAUGGUCAUCACCUUUGACAAGGUCUAUGUGAAUAUCGGCGGUGAUUUUGAACCAAAAACAGGCUUAUUUCGCUGCCGGAUCCCUGGAGCGUACUACUUCUCCUUCACUGUGGGGAAGUUCCCACACCGGGACCUGUCAGUGAUGCUGAUGAAGAAUCGGAAUGAGGUACAGGCAAUCAUCUAUGAUGACAAUGGCGGUGAGGAACGCAAGGUCCAGAGUCAGAGCGCCAUGCUGCAGCUUGACUUCGGGGACACUGUCUGGCUACGUCUCCAUGGUGACCCACGUUAUGCAAUCUAUAGCAACACAGGGCACUAUACUACGUUCAGUGGAUACCUGAUUUACCCAGAUAUAUAUACAUUCCAAGAACACAAAGAACAGAUCAGGGAUGACCAAGCAACUAUACUCACCCACCAUACACCACAGCAAGUGGACAUAGAGGAGACUGUAACUGAAGAAAAGAAAGAGGAAGAGAUGAACCAAGAGAGGAGGGAUGUUGAGGAGGAGGAGGACCAGAGGUCUGCUUUCUCAGUUGGUCGCACCCAGAGCAUUCUGGGCAUAGACAAAGGCUAUCCUGAGCACAAGCCAAUAACUUUCGACACUGAAUUUGUCAACAUUGGCAAUGACUUUAACGUGAGUUCAGGUGUAUUCAUAUGUCGCGUGCCCGGGGCCUACUACUUUUCAUUCAAUGCUGGCAAGCUGCCACACAAGACCCUCUCUGUGAAGCUGAUGAAGAAUCACUUGGAGGUCCAGGCAAUGAUAUAUGAUGACAGCGACACUGAGAAGGCCUUGCAGAGUCAAAGCCUGAUGCUGCAACUGCAAAAAGGAGAUACAGUGUGGCUCUACAGUCACCAAAGGGAAGGAUUUGGUGCAUACAGUAAUCAUGCGAAGUACAUCACCUUCACUGGAUUUCUGGUGUACCCAGAACUCCCCCGCAGCCACCUCCAGCAGCGAAAGCAGGGCAGGGGGGUUUAAGAGGAACCAAGGCACAGUUCUCUGUCUCUGUCUGUGAUCAGAGGUCAGAAAGACAACAGGUUUGUCUGCAUGUGGACUGCAUCCAAAUAAAUUCUUUCACUCUGUAGGCUCUUGUGAACUCAUGCAGGGAAACCUGAAGUUGUGAUCUUUUGGGCCUGUUCUGUUCUGUUUGGACUCUGAAUGUUUGCAGUUUCUCCUGCUUUAUCAUUUUUGUGGAGAAACAAUGUAAUAAGCACAAAAGCUUAAUUAAAAAUAUUACAAAACAUCAUUACAGAUAUUGUGGGCAAAAAGUUGUUACAUGUAGUGUCACCGAUCCUCAAUGAGAUCUAUGCACUGAAAAUGCCUUGAUUUUUCAGUAUUGUCCGCUAUAGGUUCAUAAGCAAAAAUUUUAAAACUAGUGACACUUCAUUCAGUGUUCAUAGCUAAUAGCACAAUAUCAAAACUAAUAACAAAUGACAAAAGUGUAGAGCCCUGGGGCUGUGUUCACAAUAAGCUAAAAGGAGUUCACAACAGGUGUAAAGCAGGCUAAAAGUGAACAAUUUAAGAAUUUUUUUUAAUGGAUGGCUUUGAUCCUACUUUUAAAACCUCUAUUAUAGUCUAAAAGUAUUGUCUAAAGUCUCAAUAAGUUAUGAAAUAACUGAAGUCUGGGCAAAAGACUAUGCCUGAAGCUCUAUCUCCUUCUCUCUAGUUAACUGUGAAGUCCCACUUCUUUGUUUCUUUACUGAUUUUCACUUUACUCCCCUCUUCCCUUCCUUAAUGUUCCAAAAUUACUUUCCAUUCCAUUUAGUUGAAGCUGUGCAUUCAUUCAUUCAUUCAUUCAUUCAUUCAUUCAUCUUCAGUACCUGUUUAAUCCUGGUCCCUGUGAAUCCUUAGCCUAUCCCAGAAACACUAUGCAUGAGGGAGGAAUACACCCUGCAUGUUACACCAGUCCACCGGCACCAUGCACACACAUUCACACACUCAUUCAUGCCUAAGGGCAAUUUAGCAUAGCCAAUCCACAUAAUGGCAUCUGUUUGGAUGGUGGUAGGAAACCAGAGAACCCAGAAGAAACUCACACAGGUAGCGCAGAAUCUUUACCUCGAAUCCAAACUCAUAAUCCAAAAUCAGGAUUGAACCAGGAACACUGGAGAUGUGAUGCUACACUGCUACCUGCUGCACCAUCAUGCUUUUGUUUGUUUGUUUGUUUAUUGUUGAGGUGAUGUGCAAUUUGAAUUGUAUUUCAUUUCUCAGUUCUCCAUGCAGCCCUCUGCUAUAUCAGACAAUCAUUGCCAUCACAUACGAUCUUCUAUAGUAACAAGCUCAGUCCCACUCUUACAGUUUGAUUCCAUAGUAAAUGUUCACCUCAGAGUUAAUAAAUAGUUUUCAAGAAAAAAUCUUUAGAUAAGAUCAUUUUUGUGAAUACAGCCCCUUAUCCAAUUAAGGUUUUCCAUGGAAAUAUCCAUCAACAAUGCAAAAGUAUGAGAAAAGUGGGAAAAUUGCAUGCAACUUUAGUUCACUCAUGAGAAAAUAUUGUUCACAGUCCUUGUUUUGCAUGUGGCAUAUUGUUGACUUCUACGACACAGUUGUUUGGAGUCUUGCUGGUAUUUCCCUUGCACAUAGUGUGUACACAUUUUUGGGCAACUUAAAAAGUGACAGUUAUAGGUGUUAUUGCUGAGAUCACCAACUCGCUGUGAACAUUGUAGACGUUUUGCUAGUGUGACCACAGUAAUAAUCUGCCCAAGAAUACAUUCCUUAUCACUAUUAAAAAUGAGCAGUUAUUUUAAAACCAUAUUUCACAAGUUUUGCUUGACUUACUAGUGCAUGCUACUAUUGAGAACUUGUUAAUAUAAAAUUAAAAAAGCACACAUGCCACAUGUGCACAAUUCCACACUGGGAUAUACUUAAUUUGUUUGAUUUCUAUCCAUUUAUAUUCUUGUGAAUGUUCACAUUUUUAUUCUGUAAUGUCAUAGUGAUUCACAAUGUAAUAUGCGAUCAUAAAAGGAAAUGUUGUGACUAUCCUGGGAUUUACCCUAACUCUACAGUCUUUCACUAGCAGUUUCUGUUUGUGUGGUCUGAGUUCAGGCUCCGUGAGAUUGUAUCUCUUUUUCUGUGAUCUGUGGAUGUUUUUGUGACUGACACCAAAGUGAAUAAAAACUGGCUGUAAACAA